GUCCAUGGAAGGUCCGCCGCGUGUGAAGGGGCAUGUGGUGGCUCUGCCUUUCCCGACCAGAGGGCAAGUCAACCCCAUGAUGAACCUCUGCAAAUUUAUAGCUUCAAGAAGAAACAAUGAGGUUCUCAUCACCUUCGUCGUCACCCAAGAGUGGCUCGGCUUCAUCCAAUCUUACUCCAAGCCGCACACCAUCCGCUACGCCACCAUCCCCAACGUCAUCCCUUUGGACGGCCAGAUGCUCGACGAUGUUCCUGGAUUCACCGAAGCUGUCGCGACCAAGAUGAGAACUGCAUUCGAGCAGCUUCUCGAUCAACUCGAGCCGCCUGUUACUGCUAUCGUCUCUGAUGCUGAAUUGCCGUGGCCAGCUGCUGUAGCAAACUCUAGGAAUAUUCCGGUGGCUCUGUUAUGGACUAUGCCGGCGUCGUUCUUUGAAAUGUUCCGUCAGCUGGAUAUCUUGGCUACUGGCCCUGACAGGCGUUUGUCGGUUGAUCUUUUGGAUGAGCAACGUGAGCAUGUUCAGCGCAUCUCUUCGUCGCAGCUCACUGAUCUACGGAAGCUACUCGGCGAAAGCGAUCUCAGGUUUUUGGAGAUGUCGCUGGAUUGCAUUCCCGGAUUAGCGAAAACUGAUUGUCUCCUUCUCAAUACGAUCCAAGAAUUAGAAGCGGAACAAAUAAAUCAUCUAAAAGCUAUAUUCCCCUUUCCUGUCUAUCCCAUAGGCCCUGCCAUACCUUUUAUGGAACUUCAACCACCAAAUACUUCAUCGACGACGACCAAUAACGUUGACCAUAUAUUAAAGUGGCUAGAUUGUCAGCCAAGUUUGUCAGUACUGUACAUCUCUAUGGGUAGUUUCAUUUCAAUGUCUCAGCCCCAGAUGGAAGAAGUUGCUUCAGCUCUGAAAACCAGCGGGAUUCGUUUUCUGUGGGCGGGUCGUUCAGACGCAAAAUGGCUGCAAGAGAAAUGUGGGGAUAAGGGUGUGGUGGUGUCAUGGUGUGACCAAUUGAAGGUGUUGUGCCAUGCUUCCAUUGCCGGAUUCUGGAGCCAUUGUGGAUGGAAUUCAACUCUGGAAGCAUGCUUCGCAGGUGUGCCAAUCCUGGGAUUUCCUAUGUUUCUGGAUCAGUUCUCGAAUUGCAGGCAUAUUGCGGAAGUGUGGAAGAAUGGAUGGAAGGUGGGUGGUGAGAGAUCAGAGGACUUUGUGACGAAAGAAGAAAUACUGAAAGUGCUCAAGAUGUUGAUGGACGUUGAGAAUGAGGAAGGGAAGAAGAUUAGGGAGAAAGCAAGAGAAGUGAAGGCGCUGUUUCGCAGAGCAAUUGCCAAGGGAGGUUCGUCCGACAUCAACAUGGACGUUUUCGUCAAAGACGUGAUUUAGGAAAAUU